GGGCGGUACUGUAUGCCCGACGGGUUUGAAUUUCAAAUUUCAGCAGGUUCAGACAGAGAGCAGUUCAGAGACAGACAGCUUGCGCGGUCUGGCUGACUGGACAAGCAGCCGCUGUGCCACCCUUCAUCGUCAACUAGAACCUAGAACGGCUCCCAGCGGCGCAACGAACCCUAUGAACGAAGUAAGCACGGCAGGAUCAACAGAAAGAAGGAGAGCUGUCCCUGGCCGGAAGAGCGGACUGGCAAGGAAACGUCAACAUCCAGAGCAGCAAGAAGUUACAGUUCCAGUCGUGUUCAAGCAACACCUCGGGAGUGGAGAUGCGGCCCAUGUUGUGAUAGAGGUGCUGCGACACGUGCUCUUCAUGAGAGGACAGCUGCCGAUGCCGUUCCAACAGCUUGUGAAGGUGCUAGACGAACGCGAAGAGCGGGACGAAGUCGACCGACGACAAAAGUCAGCGGCGGCGGCGGCGGCAGCAGCAGCAGCAGCAUUGGCUGCCAGGGAAGGGAGAGGCAGGACGCGAGAGGGAGGAGACGCACUGGGUAGUGGACUAACUGGAGCGGUUGACAGGAGGAGGAGUAAGAAGGCCAAGAGCGGACGACCUCUGGCGAAAGCCCCUCCGCACCGUCGGGCACGGAAAGGCUUGCGAGCGUUGGCGGAGACUACCCUGGCCGUGGAAGAGGCGUUUGCGGACGCUGCCAGGAAGGGGCGGCCUGUGUUGGAAGCCCUCGUCCUGCUGGGAGCGUCGCACCUCUCUCCGAGAGAGAUUUACUCCGUGACGUUUUCCGGGUCUUGUCUCGAUGAGAGCUCCGAGAGCAAGGACACUACGACGAGGAACACUGCUAGUAGCGGUGAUCUUCGGGGCAAGAGCAGCCUAGCCGAUGCGUACUCGCGAACAUUGGUGCGAAGCAUGGUCGGGAAAAUGUCCAGCAUGCCCCUCCGUGGGCUAGGAUCAUGCCGAGUGCACCUCUUCUUGCGAAUCGCGGAGGGCCCCGUCCAGGACCUUUGUACCGCCGCGCCGGUAGCGAACGAGACCAUGGUCGAAGCUUCUUCGACUCUGACAAGCAAGACGAUGGCGAGCACAGCAAGCACUAGGAGUAGUGUCAACAGCGGCGGCAGCAACAGCACUGGCCCUCCCUCCGGCAAUUCUAUCGUCCAACGCCUUACACCUCGGCCUGGCUUCAAGAUUCGGAUUUCGCGUUCUCGCCCCGCCCCGAAGGUGUCCAUCGUGCUCUCCAAGCGACCACCAAACGUCACAGACCAAUCGCAGGGUACCGGCGCUAUAGGAACCUGUUCGGCGAGCAACGCACGAGAGGGCCAACAGCAACAGGGGAAGGACGGCGAGUGGCGGCCUAAAGCUGUACGAGACACAAGGGGUGCGACAGCCACGGACGAAGGAAGGGGGGGGCGGGGUGGGGAAGAGGAGGAAAUCAUAGAGCAGCGGGGGGAAGAGCAGCAGCAACAGCGGGGCAUGUGGCAUCAGCUGGUGUGCCCUCGGCUAGCGGGGUUGAAAGGGUGUGAUAGUUUAGCUGGCUAAACAUCGGGAAUUUUGUUGCGCAUCCGUUGGUGGUGGAGCAGGUGCGGCAGAGGCAGUUUUGGUUGGAGGUACUUCGAGCGGGAUCUUGUUGGAGUUGGGGGCACAGCAGUGCUAGCUUGCGGUCGCAGCUUUGGAUGUGACGCGCACGUGCACCUUAAGUGCGGCACACACAUCAUCAUCAGCCGGAAAUACCGAUCUCGCGCAUCUGUAGGGCUGGGCGGGGCCCUCUCACGGUCUAGAAAAAUCAAUCGCAGGAAGAAAAAGCACAUAUGUCUGCUACAGCAACCUUCACGUGGUCACUUAACCGUGCCAUCACCUUG